CUCGACAUCACUGGUUGUUUAAGCCUAUAAAUACUUGACAUUACGGCUGCUUAUACCAUUGCUGCGUACCACUCGCAUUUCUAAGACUUGUCGUUUGGUGAAAGCUCACGUGUAAAAGGACCAUGGGGAAUAAGCUGUUAUACCUGCUGCUGGUGACUGUUAUGUGCCUCACCCGAAGAGUUGUUGGUGGGGAUGACCAUAAUGAUCAUGCGGGAUGGAGCCAUACUAUAAAUGUUGACGCCAAUGAAAAUGGAGCUCGUGCAGAUCUUAACCUUGAUAGAAGGUUGCAAAACGGCUAUAUAGCAAGCCUCGGAUUCAUGGCAAAUACUAACGGGGACUGGGAAAGGAGAGCAGGCCUUAGUAGGACGUAUCCCAAUGGGCAGUUCGGUAUCCACGGACAAGUGAAUUCUUAUGGCGGUGUUGGUGUCCGUGCAUCUUGGUCCCAUAAGUGGCGACGAUCUGUUAAGGCUCAAAGGUUCAACGUGACGCUAAUGGCUGAUCCCUGUGAUUUCGACUUCUACGAUCACGACAAAGAUGGCGGCAUAUCUAAGAAAGAGAUGGCGACCAUAUUCGGGGACGAGGUGGGCGCUGAUAGGCUAUUUGAUGCUUUGGACAGAGAAACGGUUGAUGGGGUGAUCAUUAGGGAGGAAUUCGCGUUUGCUCCGAUGGUCAUCAACAACUGCUUCCAGGACAGUGAAGAAGAGUAGCACGCAACGACUUACUCUCACAGAUUGACAGUUUUCACUUUUAUUUUAUGUGUUGUCUCGGAAUCAGAUGAUUUUGUCAAUACACAUGUACAUUCAAAUUAGUCAUAUAAGCUACCUCACUAAUGAACAUUCCUCAAUUGUUUGGAAAACUGCCAAAACAUUCUGAUCUUUUGUCAGCCAAGUCUUAUAUCACUGAUAUCCAGACAGUAACGCAAAAAUGGCUCAUUCUCAGACAAAAGAUGAAAAAAAAUAUCGAAACGGUCGAUCUGUGAGAGUGUAGCUUUAAAAACCGUAGUCAACGUGUUCCUAAAAUACAGCCAAUUAUAGCUUCACAAGUAUAUGCUAGUGUAUAAGAAUGACACAUUUCGUAUUAACACAUUUUACAGAAUUAGUGUAUAUAUAAAAAACAUAUGUCAAUGAUUUGUUUCAAAAUUAAAUUAGAUGAAAUAAAUGAAAUCCUUACAUAAACGCUGGAUUUUAUGUUUAAAAAAAAGUGAACAUGCAGUUUUGUUUUACUUUUAUUUUGUUUUAUGAAAUUCAAUUUUUAGCAUGACCAAACGUUAUUGAAUAAUUUUCUGAAUAAAAAUGAAGCUAU